CAAUUAUUAAUUCAGAAAAAUCGAAAAAUCUAAAAUGAAAGGAGAAGAAAAAAAAAAAGAUCUCACGUGCGGAACCAAACUAUGACCUUUGUCUGAUCAAUGAUCAUCCUCUUCAUCUCUCUUUCUCAGUUGUUCUUUGAAUCAUUACUUACUCUUUUCUUUACUCCACGAAAAUUUUAAUUCUUUCUUUUAUUUCUCUCUACUUAGGAAGUGGAGUAAGUAAAGGUUGGGGUCUCUGUGGGUCUGCUGGUAUUGGCGUCGCUCUGUUCCAAUUAAUUAGAGUUUGAUGAUCUGUUGUUACCUCUCUUUUCCAUUUUACCCGAGAAAGUUUUGAAAAAUCAGGUCCAACAAAAAAAAAGCUAAAGCUAAAGUGUUUAGUAGACUCUCUCCAAGUCUCGGUUUUUGAGCUCUUUACUGGUUUUCGUUUUUUUCUCGUUUGGCUUCUUUAUUCGCCGCGGAGACUAAUACCACAAAUCAUUGCCGACAUAACCUCCCGGAAAAUUCGUAGUUUUCAAUUCGUUGAUUUCAAGAAAAAAAUUUGAACUUAGUUUUAAAAAAACUUUGAGCUUUUUUUGUCUUCAGAUUUUUCAAAAUGGGUCUGUGUUAUUCAGUAGAUAGGACCACCGGUAAGGAACCGGGAGAAACCAGCUCCACCGCUGAGACGGCGGAUGAUAGAUUAGGAGGCUCAGAACGGUGGCGGCGGCCGAGAGAUUUAAAGGGCGGCGGCGAUGUCGAAGGGGUUCAAGAGGUUGCAGGUCGGUUGAUCUCGAAUGGUUCGAGUGAAAUUGCAUGUCUUUACACACAGCAGGGGAAGAAAGGAACCAAUCAAGACGCUAUGCUCGUUUUUGAGAACUUUUGUUCGAGAGAUGACACAGUGUUCUGUGGUGUAUUCGAUGGACACGGACCAUUUGGUCAUAUGGUCGCCAAGAAAGUCCGAGAUACAUUGCCCUCCACGCUCUCCACCCAAUUGAAACUGACCUCCGAGUCGGACCAAAACGGCUUAGUGAAUGAGAAGGGUACAGAGGAGGAUGAAGAAGAAGCACAGAGAAGCGAGUGUGUUACUACAAUGGAUGAGCAGUGGUGUGAUUUAAACCCAAACGAGAACAGCGAUGAACAACUUCUUCCGGAGAUGUAUCUCCCUCUUAAGCACGCUUUGCUCAAGUCCUGUCAGCAGAUAGAUAAAGACCUGAAAAUGCAUCCUACUAUUGAUUGCUUCUGCAGCGGAACGACUUCAGUCACUUUGAUCAAGCAGGGUGAGGACUUGGUGGUCGGAAACAUUGGUGACUCGAGAGCUGUUCUUGCCACAAGAGACCUAGACAACGCUUUGGUCGCUGUGCAACUAACCAUAGACUUAAAACCUGAUCUCCCAAGUGAAUCAGCAAGAAUCCAGAAGUGUAAAGGCAGAGUCUUUGCGUUGCAAGAUGAGCCUGAAGUAGCUCGUGUGUGGCUACCAAACAGCGACUCACCUGGUUUAGCAAUGGCUCGAGCUUUUGGCGACUUCUGUCUUAAAGACUACGGUCUUAUCUCAGUCCCGGACAUUAACUACCGCCGCCUUACAGAGAGAGAUCAGUUCAUUAUUCUUGCUAGCGACGGUGUAUGGGAUGUGUUGUCAAACAAAGAAGCUGUGGACAUUAUUGCUUCAGCUCCUAGUCGAAGCACAGCAGCUCGAGCUCUGGUGGACACAGCGGUUAGAUCAUGGAGAAUCAAGUAUCCAACUUCCAAGAACGAUGACUGUACUGUAGUCUGCCUCUUUCUACAAGAUUCAUCAGUGUCCAAUGUAGUAAAGGAUUCACACAAAGAAGAAGAGUCCAUAGAGAGUGUCAGUAUCAGUAACAAGGUGGAAGAGGAGGAGGGCGAGAUUGUUCCGGUUAAAGAGGAAAGUAUCCCUAAGAGUUGUCGGACUGAGUCGAAGAUGAUGACGACAAUGACACUUGCUGAAUGUAUAUCAGUUGCACAGGAUGAUGAAGAGUGGUCUGCUUUGGAAGGGUUGACGAGGGUUAAUAGUUUAUUGAGCAUUCCAAGGUUCUUGUCUGGUGAGCUUAGAUCAAGUAGUUGGAGAAAAUGGUUGUGAUGACCUUUCUUUGUUGUUUUUUUCUACUUGUUUGCUUCUAUAAGUUGAAACUGACACAGACACCACACAUCACCAUGUUCUUUUGUGUCAUAUCAAUGUUUUGUUUUUUUUUUUCUUUCUUGUUCUUUUCUUCAUGUAGUGUUUUUUUCCAUCCAGUUUAAUCUUUCAGACA